AUGAUUAAGGGACUUGUUUUCUUGCUGGUUGUCACAUCUGUAUCUAGCUGCGGUGUGCCCGGUUUUCAGUCCAGCAGCAGUCGAGUGGUAAAUGGAGAAGAGGCUCAUCCCUACAGCUGGUCAUGGCAGGUUUCAUUGGAGUCUUUUUACCCCACCUGCGGAGGAACCCUUGUUGCUCCAGACUGGGUCUUGACAGCUGCACACUGCAUAACAUUCCACACGUACAGGGUGGUUCUUGCAGAACAUGAUAUGGACAAAGAAGAGGGACCUGAACAGUCCAUCAUGGUGGCAAAAAUGUUCAUCCAUCCCAAAUGGAACGAUAACUGUGUCUCCUGUGGGAAUGAUAUUGCUCUGCUCAAACUGGAGAAGAAGGCUGAUCUCAAUGACAAGGUUCAGCCAGCCUGCCUGCCAGAGCACGGCUCCUUCCUGACCCACAACCAGCCCUGCUAUAUUACAGGCUGGGGUCGUCUUUACUCUGGAGGUCCCCGGGCGACCAGGCUGCAGCAGGCGCUGCUUCCUGUGGUGGAUCACAGUGUCUGCAGCCAAAGCGACUGGUGGGGUAGCUCUGCUAAGACUACAAUGGUCUGUGCAGGAGGAGAAAGCAAAUCUGCAUGCCAUGGAGACUCUGGGGGUCCUCUAAACUGUAAAGGCCACAACAACAGAUGGUAUGUGGAAGGAGUGACAAGCUUUGUUGAUGGUCGUGGAUGUAACACCCCGAAAAAGCCCACUGUCUUUACCCGGGUUGCCUCUUUCAUCCCCUGGAUCAGCGAGAUUAUGGCCCAAAACUAAGGAAACUCAAGAAUUGUGCAACACAAAGCAAUAAACAGAUCGACCAACUUCUGAAUAUUAUUUAAUUGUAUUUGUGAUUGAAAAUCUAUACAAUAUACCUCUA